AUGCCAACCAGUGCUCCCAGUCAGAGAAUCAUGCCAGCAAAUGGAAAAUCUGAAAAAGUUCCAGACUACGAGCUUAACAUCCCUGAGCCCACAUGCAGAGCUGACCUUCUGAAACACUGGAUCGACCUUUCCCUGGAUGACAAGACAGCCAAUAAGAUGCUGUGGAUCACUGAGGGUGGAUCCAAGGUGUCACGCAUGACUGAUAACGUCACCUGUCCCGUCCUGGAUGGACCAGAGAGAUAUGAGCAUACCCCCCAGGUUCUUUGCAAAGAGAGAAUCUUUGGUUUCCGAGCUUAUUGGGAGGUGAAGUACUCAGGAUGGGUGGUCGCAGGAGUCGCCUACGAGGGGGCAGGGAGGAGGGGCAGCGACGGACAAUGUGGGUUUGGAGAGAAUGAUAAGUCCUGGGCUCUCGGGUGGGGUGGAUGCCGCUACCAGGUGUGGUUCAAUGGCAAUAAUUCAGAAAUAUGGGACAUCCCAGAGUGCACCACCAUUGGGGUUUACCUCGACCAGCCAGCUGGGGUGAUGAGUUUUUAUGCAGUAGAAGAAGAGAAGGAGGGAAAGGAGAGCGAAGUGAGACUGCUGCACCGGAUCGAGAGCUCCUUCAAAGGGAGGAUGGUGCCCGGCUUCUGGGUGGGACAAAAGUCCUCAUGUUUCCUAGUGAAACAUGGAGAGUAG